CGGCAGUUGACAAGAUGGCGCCGAGCGCGAGGGGAGAGCGCCGGAGUCGAGGCGCUUUCACGGCCUCCUCCCUCCUCCUCCUCCUCCUGCCGCUGCUGCCCGCCCCGGCCCAGGCCCAGGCCGACAAGCUGUACCGGGGCCGCGACCGGGUGGUGGUCCUGGAGGCGGGAAGCGCCCAGAGGCUCCUGAGGAACUCGACGAGCGCCUGGGUGGUGGAGUUCUACUCGUCCUGGUGCGGCCACUGCGUCAACUACGCGCCCACCUGGAAGGCGCUGGCCGGCGACGUGAGAGACUGGGAGUUGGCCAUGCGAAUAGGUGUGCUUGAUUGUGCUGAUGAAAACAACUUUGCUACCUGUAAAGAAUUUGGGAUUCAUUUCUAUCCAACCUUCCGGUACUUCAAAGCACUUGCAACCCAAUUCACAGUGGGGGAGAAUUAUAAAGGGCCAGAUCGAGAAUUGCAGACCGUACGGCAAAUAAUGAUCGAUUUUCUACAAAAUCACACCAGUGAGAAUAAGCCACCUGCUUGGCCCGAGCUGGAAGCAGCCAGUUCUAGUUCUAUUCUGUCCUUAUUGGACAAACCUCAGAAGCAUUAUACAGCUGUUGUGUUUGAAAAAGAAUCGUCUUACGUAGGUCGAGAGGUAAUCCUUGAUUUGAUGCAGUAUGAAAAUAUUGUCGUGAAACGGGGGCUAGAUGUCGACCAAAAAUUAAUGGAGAAGCUUGGCAUCAAUUCUGUGCCUUCUUGUUACGUGUUCCAUCCCAAUGGUUCCCAUGGAUUAGUCUAUAUGCAGAAGCCCCUGCGGUCAUUCUUUUCUUCCUACAUAAAGUCACUGUCUGGGGUUACAAAAAGACUCUCCUCUUUAAGGACUCUACCCGUUAGCCAAAAUGAAGAUACCCAUACGUCUCUGAAUGUGUGGAAGGAGUUUGACAAGAGGAAGAUGUAUAUGGCUGACCUGGAGUCUGGUUUGCAUUAUCUCCUACGCGUAGAGCUUGCUAGUCACAAAAUAUUGGAGGGAUCAGAAUUGAAGACCUUGAAGGAUUUUGUUGCAAUCCUUUCGAAGCUGUUCCCUGGUCGGCAGCCGGUGGUGAAGUUGCUGGAAACCCUGCAGGAAUGGCUCGUGAGCCUUCCAUUAGACAAAAUCCCUUACGAUGCAAUCCUAGAUUUGGUCAAUAACAAAAUGAGGAUAUCUGGAAUGUUUCUCACAAAUCGCAUACAGUGGGUCAGCUGUCAGGGCAGCAAAUCCCUAUACAGAGGCUACCCAUGUUCUCUGUGGACGCUCUUCCAUACCUUGACUGUGCAAGCUGCAAAGCGUCAUGAAAUUCUAGUAAAUUCUGGUUUUGACGAUAGUCCUCAGAUAGUUCUGCAGGUUAUAAGAAGAUACAUUCAUCAUUUCUUUGGCUGCAUGGAGUGUGCACAGCACUUUGAGCAGAUGGCAAAAGAAUCUAUGGAUAAGGUAGAGACACUGGACAGUGCUAUUCUGUGGCUCUGGACAAAACACAAUGAAGUGAACAGCAGAUUAGCAGGUGCUCCAAGUGAAGACCCAAAGUUCCCUAAAGUGUCGUGGCCUAAUCCUGACCUCUGCCCUGACUGUCAUGAAGAGGUCAAAGGCCUCCAUGUAUGGAAGGAGGCAGAUGUUCUGACCUUUUUGAAGUCCCAUUAUGGUGCAGACAACCUUUCCUACAGAUAUACUGAAGACGAGACCAAAGCAAACGGUGCGGCAGAAAGCCGUGGGCGUGAGGGUGGACAGAAAGUGACAACACAUCAGAGAAAGGAGGAUAAUCUGCAAAUCCUAGCCCAAAACACCAGACCUGGCAUUGGGGAGAAGCUAGAGAAAGCAAGCAGUCUGGCCGACGUGAAGAGAAAGUCGGGUGAUCGUGACAUAAUCGGCCCGAAGAAAGAAUCUAAACAGUCAGUUUCGUUUUUUGGAAUCGGAUUUUCAAAUGUGGACAUGAGUCUGUGUGUUGUUCUGUAUGCAGCGUCCUGCUUCUUUUUAAUGAUCAUGUACUUUUACUUCCGAAUUAGGUCCAAAAGGUGGAAGACCAGAUACACCCGUCCAUACGUUUAAAGACAAUUUUCAACCGUGUUGCAUUAGGGCGAUAUCAAAGUCGGUUGCAUUAUAGUUAGUCAUUCCAGUGGAGAUGUUGACAAAUUGCCUAAAAAAAACUCCUCCCUCCUUCCUUUCUCUCUUCCUGUGACCACAUAACAACCACACCUUUAAGAUGAUCACAACAGAAAACCAAUUGUGGAGAAUUUAUUUUGCACGAAAAAAAAAUUGGGAACAAAGAAUGGGUUUAAAUGUUUCAGUUUGUUAAAGAAGAAUUUACGAUCAUCCUGCAACUUCCGAGGAGCCAGUGACCUUUUUAAGGAAAUAACACUGGAAUUUUAAUAUUUUUGUAAAGUAUUUUUCCACUGAAAAGAUGCUUCAAACUAGGACUAGCUACAAUAUUUGAUGGAAUAUCGAGAAAUAUUUAAAGUACACAUAGUUAACUUAACUCUUUGAUGAAGGGCCUGUAGCAAUUGGUACACUUUUAUCUGGUUGCCUGUGCAAAAGAAUUGAUGUAUCACGGUGUGGCAAUUCCAUUUUGAUUAUUUUUAUACGUGGUUUACAUACCAUAGAGGUGCCAAACAGGGCAAUUUCAACUUCCUGCUUCUCCUUUGCAUAUAUGAAGUAAUCUAUGAACCACAUUCAAAGACUGCCCUGCGCUAAAUUCAAAGAGCAGAGAGGUAGUCUCAGCAAUAGCAGACCGUUGAUCCUCACUGCUCAACGAGCUGGUAUGCAAGUUAAACAAGCAAGUGAAAUCCAUUCCAGGAGUUUUUCUUAUCAGCUUGGAGACCUGGGUUCAAAUGAAGCCGUAACCAAAAAGUUUGAGGUUGUAUCAAGGAUCAUAGCAUUAAACUGGUUUAAAUAAGCUGAGCAUGUCCUCAAACAUGUUCCAAGUCGUGUCAUCUCUUGCUUGAAAGGCCACAAGAGUAAUUAUAUCCAAUAUUGUUGGUGCAAUUGGCUGGGAAUCACUUGAGACGUAUUGUCAGGCAGAACUUUAGGAUUGGACUUGCAUUGCAUGUGAUCUGUGUUGUUCUCAACUACUAUUGUCAGGAGCCUGAAGUGUAUCAAAAUACAACAUUGAAAGUACCUUAUUUAAUAGAAAUUGUGACUUAUUUUUGAUAUGAAAAAAUCUGAAUGAAAACCAAACACCAGCCAAUCUAUAUGUUGUUUCUGACCUGUGGCUCAGUUUAAACAGAGAAACCUCCUGUUGCGUUUCAAGCAGAUGUGCCUAAACUUCUGCCCAACUCGGAAUAAUGGCUUAGUAUUAAAACGAUCACGGCAAAUCUAUUUGUUCAGUAUUAACUAUAGGAUGACAGGGAACUAUGGGCAAACAGGAAAUUUAUGAAAGCUCUCGUACCUCUGGUGGAUAUUUCCAUUUCAGUAUUAAUUGUGUUGCGUUUUGUAUUGGUUUGCUUGUUCAGAAAUCAUAAAAUUACUUGAUGAAAGGCAUGGAUUUGCUGACCAAUUUAAUUUAACUAUUUAUUAAAAAGCUGCCUUGUUUACUGAAACUAUAUUGUUUGACACGCGGGUCAAUGUUUGCCAUAUUUUCUCCACCCGAGAGAAGCUAUUCCUUUGUACUAAAUAAAUUCAAGGAAAUUAUGUGAUUCGAAA